GCGGCGAGUUUGAGUCCGGGUGGAGGUUUAGAGCAGGCGUCCAAACACGUGUUACAUUGACCUCUAAAUCUAUAUCUAGUCAUGAAAUAUUCCGCUGAUCUUCUAUGUUUAGCUUAUUUAUAGUUUGAGGGGAACAGUGUGACUACUGUACUUGUUUUCGUAGAGGAAAUGCGCUGUAAACUUUGAGCAACACUGUACUCAUAUGUUAUACAUUUGCAACAAACAGAAACGUUUUGACUUGAACUCGUUGGUUUGUUAUAUAUAUAUGUUUGCUGAAAAUAGUCAAUUGUAACGCAUUUUGAUCGUUUUAUUUAGCUUUAGUUGUUAUUAUUAUAUUGACGCGACACUACUGGAAAGCACUGCAUGAUACUCUAUGUACUCUAUGACUGAUUCCACUGAGAAGACUUGAACAUGAGCGAGAAACACGCGCAGGAAGACAUUAAACUAGAUCCGGAGGACUUGGCGAACCAUGCGAAGCUCGAGGCGGGCGACGCGUCCAAGCUCCCCGGCGACCAGAGCCCAGAGGACGGCCACGGGGAGCCGCAGCCGACCCGUCUGUACAAACGCCGCUGGAUUAUCGUUUUUCUGUUCAGCUCUUAUUCGCUGUGCAACUCGUAUCAAUGGAUCCAGUACGGAAUCAUCGGAAACAUCUUCAUGAAGUUCUACAACGUGGAAGCGUUCACCAUAGACUGGAUGUCGAUGAUCUACAUGCUGACGUACAUCCCGUUGAUCUUCCCGGUGACCUGGCUGCUGGACAAAAAGGGGCUCCGGGUGAUCGCGCUGGUGGGCACUGCGCUCAACUGCGUGGGGACGUGGAUCAAAGUGGCCAGCGUCCGGCCCGAUCUGUUCGCCGUCACUUUCCUGGGACAGUUCUGCUGCUCCUUGGCGCAGGUCUUCAUCCUGGGGAUGCCGUCGAAAAUCGCCUCGGUGUGGUUCGGUUCGGAAGAGGUGUCCACCGCCUGCUCCAUCGGAGUCUUCGGGAAUCAGAUGGGAUGUGCCAUCGGGUUCCUCUUACCUCCAAUUUUGGUGCCUAAUGUGGAAGACAUGGACGAGCUGGCAAAGCACGUCAAAACCAUGUUCUACAUAACAGCAGGAGUGGCUACUUUUCUUUUUAUCCUCGUUAUCUUUGUUUUCCAGGAGCGCCCGAAGCUUCCCCCGACUCUGGCGCAGGCCUCAGCUCGCUCAAUGCCACCAGAGGACUACUCCUAUGUAGCGUCCAUCCUCAGGCUGCUUCGAAACAAACCCUUUGUGCUCCUCAUCGUUAGUUAUGGUCUGAACGUGGGUUGCUAUUACGCUGUAGGAACUCUGCUGAACCGCAUGAUCAUCGAACGUUACCCUGGUGAAGAAGUGAAUGCUGGGAGGAUUGGGCUCACAAUUGUCGUUGCAGGGAUGGUCGGCUCCCUUAUCUGUGGAAUCUGGCUUGACAGAACAAAGACAUAUAAACAAACUACUCUGGCUGUGUACAUCAUGACUCUGGUGGGUAUGAUCAUAUACACGGCAACACUCGACCAGGGACUCCUCUGGGUGGUGUUCAUCACUGCUGGAUGUCUUGGGUUCUUUAUGACAGGCUACCUGCCUCUCGGUUUCGAGUUUGCAGCUGAGCUGACGUACCCGGAGUCAGAGGGAACGUCUUCGGGAUUGCUGAACUGUUCAGCACAGGUGUUUGGCAUCAUCUUCACGAUCUGCCAAGGGAAAAUCAUUGACAAUUUUGGGACGUUGGCAGGAAACAUCUUCCUCUGUGUAUUUCUGCUGAUUGGCUCAGUAAUGACAGGUUUGAUCAAGUCUGAUCUGCGGAGACAAAAUGCAAACCGACUGGCCAAAGAAGAGGCGGAGAGGCGGAUGCUGGAACAAGACUACGGAGCGACAACCCAAAUCUCAUCCCAGCCACAAACUCCUUCCUCUCAAGCCUGAUCAAACAAAAAUUUUCUGUGUACACAAAAAAAAUCUUCUCAAAUUUUAGCUCAACACACAGCAUUAGAAAGGUAGGAGCACAGAACAAUCACACACUAUUGUUGAUUAUCUUGCCACCUGCUGUACACUAUUUCACUGCGCACCUUUAAAUCUCUCCACCCUCUCUCUGUUUGAAAAGAUCAAUGCUUAAUCAACUGUAUUUUUUCAUUCUUUCACUGUAAUUGCUUGAAAUUAUUUUUUUCCCCAGAAUUAGCAAACAAUCUGAGCGAAAUGUGUUUUGCUCAGAUUACUUUUUUCAAAUGUAUGAUUACGGACACUGCAGGAAAUACAUUUAGCCAACUCACCAUGUAAAAUGUACUUUUGCAAAAAGAAAAGAAAAAUCUCCAAUAGAUGAGCAUAUUUGUUAGCCUUUCAAAGAUUUUUCUUUCACAUCGUCUUUUAAAUAAUUUAGUCAGGACGGGAAACACUUUGCGUUUUCUGUUGAAAAUUUUAAUUUUGUGAGAACCAAUAAAUCACGUAUUUUCACAAGCAUCCACAACUUUAACAGACUAAUUAUGCCGUCUGCAUUUGAAGUGUGGGGUAUCUCAAGCUGUAGACAUCCUGUCAAAUCCCCAAAUCUAUGCACUUGGUGUAUAUGAAGUACCUUGUUAAACCGACAUAACCCUUGACCUGCUCGGCAUUUUGUUAUGGAAAAUACCACAAACUUUGCAUUUUAUUGGGAUUUUAUUUGAUAUAACAACACAAAGUAGUGCCUGAUUGUGAACUGUUAGAACUUGACAGUUUAAAAAACAAUCUUUACAAAUAUACAAACAUGUCAGCCUUCCUCAUUCUCCUUUGUAGCAGCUGGAACAAAAGAAGCAAAAUUAACAAAUAUUUUUUGCGCAUCCUCUCUUUUUGCUCCCCCUCAUCCUUUCGUCCUAAUAGAGAAUUAAUCUUUUUUUUUUUUAAGCAAAUUAAUGUUUGGUUCUUUUUCUCUUUACUGUUAAUGAAUUAGCAUUAAAAUGUUCUCAUUUGUUGGUGGUAAGAACCAAACGUACUCAGUGUGAAGCAUUAUUAUUAGGCAUGUUUUGUGUAAAUACACUUAUUAUGUUUGGAUAAACAUGCAAGUCAAAAGGACUAAUUUUGGUGUACAUAUAGACAUUUAUAUUAAAUUAACACGCUCUUUAAAUUUACAGGAACCUCCUGAUUCCACCAUGGGAAACUUGGACUUACCCACCAUCAUCAAAGAAGUCCGGUUGUAGAGGAAUUAAUUUAAUCUCUGACGAUACUUUCAAUAUGAAGUAUUGAUAAUCAUGAAACCGUCAGAUUCUUUUCUCUACUGAAUAGACUGAGACAAAUCUGUGAAACAAUGCUGCCUUGACAGUUUGAUCUGUCAGUAUUUUAUUUUUUAUGUUUAUUAAUAUUAUCUGACCAAAAUAGAGCAACAAAGUUUGAUAUUUUGUUGAUCCACUUUAGAUUUGAUUUAAUUACACAGUAGUUUUGAGAUUUAGGUGUAUGAUUAUGUCCAGAGAUGCUGUGAAAACUGAAAUUGUAAUAGUGUUUUUUUUGUUUGUUUUCUUCUUUUUUUUAUUUUUUUAUUCUUCUUCUUAUUAUUAUUUUGUGCAAACCUCAUGAGGUGAAGGGCAGUGUUAUUACCACUAGAGUUUAUUUGUCAAAACCCAACUAAUGAAGACAAAGAGAAAUAUCUACACACUUUAUGAAAACAGUCACAACUUGUGCUGCUAUGGUAGAAUCCAAUAGUAGAGACUGAUUUAAAGGGGCAGUAUUAUGUAAAAUUGACUUUCUUGAGCUUUACACCAUGUCAAAAUGUUAUUCCCUCAUCAAACACAUACCUGAAGUGUUACCCUGAUUCUUUCAUUCGUGUUUGAGAAAUCCUUCAGUCUCCCAUGGCAAUCAUUUAGCUGUGCACAACGCCUGGGUGGACCUAGCAUCACGUUUGAGAUGUAACUUCACCUUGGUGCUGCAGUUUCGAAGCUUCUGAGCUUCUGCCUCACAGAACAGCCCUCCCCAGAAACUGCCCCACUCAGCUCCUUCAGGCUAGUCAGCAGCAAUUAGUAAACCCCUGGUGGAUCUGCUGAGCUUGUUAUAUGAGCUACUUCUCAGUGCAAUGCUGGUAAAACUGCUGUUAAAGGGUUAAUAGAAGAGUGAUGUUGUAAUUACUUCCUGAAGGUGCAACUUCAGAAAGACAGUUUUUAGAGAAAGAGGCACAAUUUCAAGUCUUUAAAUAAUGAAGUCAAAUUUCUUUUAAGUAAUAUUUGUUAUAUGCAGCAUUUUUAUAACAACUGAAGGCAAGAUAGUUAUCUGAUUGUGCCAUAAGAUUUCACUAUGUGCCUACAAAACAGAUAAUAUUGCCCCUUUACCGGAGAAAAUAUCCAUGUAAUUGUAUCAGUGAACAGAGUGUUCAUUUCAGUUUUCAAAGGGCUGAGUCUAUACAGGAUGUUUCCAGUCACACUGACUAUUCAAAGCAUUUUACACCAUAGCCAGAUUCAACCAAUCAUGCUCACAUUUGUACAAGACGUAGAUUGGUAGGCAAUUUGGGAGUACGGGUCUUGCUCAGUGGCACAUUAACAAAUGGCAGAAAUCAAACCCACAACUGUCGGAUUGCAAGACAAUUAAUUUGCUGCAGAGCUGCAGUUGCCCUUUGGCCACAAUCACCUAUGAAGCCCUCUUUACCUUCUGUGAAGGCAAGUCAUCACUCUCCUUGCAGACUUGUACAGUGGCCUACAAUUAUUGGGGCCCCUGGAGAAAAGGUGAAGAGGACCCUCACAUCAAUUGUUAUUAGGGACAUUUGGCGACCCUGAGAUUUGUCUCAGGGUCGCUACCUAGUUUUAGGUUUUAGCCUACCUAAAACUAGGAAGGCUGCUAGUUUUAGCAGCCUACCCUGUUCAAUCUUGUGUCUCAUAGUUCCAGCUACUUUUUCUGUUAUUUCUCUUUAUGUUGGUAGUUAUUUUCUUUCAAACACUCUAAUGACUAAAGACAAAUUUCUCUC